UUUCUUGUUUAAACAUUAGCGGACUGCUCUAAACAAAUAACAUACUCAGGUCAUAUUCAAAAGGGGAUAAGGGACUGUGAGUUAGAUGAUAGCUUUUUUUAAGAACUAAGGUAUUACAAAUAUGAUUGGCGUCCGAGGUCACUCGCAGAGGAAGUUUACAUAGAGAGGUCCGAACGAUUGGUCAUAUGAAGCUUACCAUAUUCAUUAUCUAAAGAAUUGUUGGAUCAGUUAAGAAUGUUUGUGAUUUCCCAACCAAAUUCGUAUUUCUUAUUUUAUUUGUAGAAAUUAACUGUUUUUAUGAUCUUUGAGGGGUGGAUUUCCUUUAAAGAUGUGUAUAAAUAUAUAUUUUUUCUAUCUGGAAUGUACCAUGAGAGCAAACCAGGCUUCAUUGUUGCUCUUUAUGUCGCUAAGAGGAUUAUAUUUCCUACGUCUUUUUAGUUUCUUAUUAUUUAUAUCAAAAAAAAUGUUAGGUACAGAGCCAAUUUAAAGAGGGUCUUAUUAUCGUAUUUACUUUUCCUAUGCAAAUGAAUUACUUGCUCAGCUUAUUGCUGCUCAUAGCGCUGGUGGGAUGCCCCGCUGCCCACGCGGUUUCUCAUGUUCCACCGUCCCCCAACGCGACCCACUUUUGCAACAACGGGAUUCAGCUUGAAUGGACGGCACGGGUGGGCAGCAGCAUCAUCUCCACGCCCCGUAUCGUCGAUUUAAUGCACGAGGGGCGCAAGGAGAUUCUCAUUCCCACCUUUUCUCAUUAUUUUGAGGCCCUUAGCGGCUUAGACGGUCAGAGCAUCCCCGGAUUUCCAUUUGUUCAUUCAAAAUUCAAGACCUAUGCGACCCCACUUCCGGUUGACAUGGAUGGUGAUGGACGUACGGAAUGGCUAGUGGCCAUGUAUACGGGCGAGCUCAUGAUAUUUACUCAGGAGGGAAAGUCUCUUGGGACGGUACCCGUUCCACCACUAGUGGUUAAGAAAAACUGGAUGAAGCUUGAAAAUGCCACUCUUGACGAAAUGAUAUCCAAACAGUUUCCAAAGCUCAAAGCGGAAGGCCAAAGAACACCUGAGGAGAUAUCUAAGACCAGGCGCGUUAUUGAUUUGUCUACCAUUCGAGCACCCGGCGCCGAGGAUUAUGAGGAAUUCACGACGGAUUCUGCAGAAAACUUGCGAACAUCGCAAUUCAAUGACAAGCGUCAACAUCCGUUACAGUCCACUGAAUCCAACGGGAGUCUUAUUCAGGAUACCGAUCAGGAAUUCGAUUGGGAUGAGGAGACAGUCGAUGACGAUACACCCGUGGACAAUGAGAAGAUGUCUGAUUACCAAGGCGGGGAUAAGGAGCCUAUAAAGCUCAAUCCCAACAGCACGCUCAGUCCUGAGGCUAAGGCCUCAAUGAACCUUCUUUUCCAUCCAGAAUGGUACCAGACAGAGGUGGUAUACGAUGCGGAAGAGGACGCUUUCUCUGCGCACAACCUUCUGGGGAAGAUUUCUGUUUCUGUUGAAGAGAAUGAAAUCGCGAUCGACGCUCACAUAUUAUCCACGCCUGUGAUCACCGACGUGGACAAAAAUGGUGACUUGGACGUCAUCGUGCACGUCAGCUACUUUUUCGACAUGUCUUAUUAUCAGGGAGAGAAGCGGAAUCAACUUCCAAAGGAUAUCGAUCCAGACGACUACGUCGCCACCGCUGUGCUUUGCAUCAAUUUAGUAACGGGCGAGCUCAAAUGGAUUUUUCCACUAGAAUUGACAAGCAACAAGCGUGAAAAUCUUGUUUAUGCCUUCAGCUCGCCUCUCAUUAUUAACGCGGAUCAGGAUUCAGACAUGGAAAUAUUCAUCACAUCAUCCACCGGACGCAUUGUCAGGCUAUCGGCUGGGGGUGAACCUCUUCUCGGCAACUGGGCCACAACCAGAUUUGGAUCUAUCAGCGCUUCACCCACGGCAGAAGAUAUUCAGGGGAAUGGUGAAAUUGCCAUUUGUACGGGUGAUGUCGAGGGAAGUAUUGCGUGCUUUACUCCUCAUGGAGACGUUAUUUGGCGUCAGAAGGUUAUUGGGGGCCUUGCCAACCGGGUAAGCUUUGGAGAUAUUAACGGAGACGGGGUAAUUGAUGUCGUUUUUGGUACAACAGCGGGACUUAUUUAUGCUCUGGAUGGCCGAGACGGACAUGUCCUAAAUCAUUUCCCCAUCACCACAGGGGGUCCCAUUAUCUCUCCUGUGCUGUUGAUGAAUGUAAAGCAAAGGGAUUCACAAGGUGGGCUCCAUGUCAUUGUGCCCUCUCAUGAUGGCAAUCUCUACGUGGUGGAUGCUGUUAGAGGAUGCAUCGAGAGUUUUGACAUAGACGAGAAAUCGUCCACGAUAGUGCUGGCCGAUGAUCUGACUGGAAAUGGACUUAUGGAUCUGGUAGUGACCACCAUAGGGGGCGGGGUCUAUGUUUUUGAAACGAAGAGCCCAUUUCACCCUGCUAAGGUUUGGGCCAGCGAAACAAAAGGCAUCAACGGGUAUACAGCCAGCGAGAACUACGUGAGUAUUUCCAUUGAUCCAGACUAUCGCGUCCCAAGAGAUAUUCGCGGUGAUCGCUUCAAACUCAAGUUUAGCAUUAAGGAUCCCCGCAUUGUUGUAGAAAACCGACAAUACACCGUAUUGGUUUAUGUUGGAUCACGCGUUCUACUAUACAAAGGUGUCUUUUACAAGCCCAAUACAUAUACAAUUGAAGUUAAUACACCACUGGAGCGUAUGUACUCUAGUUUGACCGUAAUUCUUAGUCUUCCCAGUGGCCAAGUUCUUACAGACACAAUUUCGUUGAGCUUUAACAUUCAAUUUUUAGAGACCAUAAAGUAUACAUUAGUAAUUCCUUUUGUUUUGACAGCCACGGCCCUCAUGUUUGUGCGUAAGCAGCACGCAGUGGACUUCAGCAGAGCGGAACUAUUGGUUUAA